AUGGGGGCGGCAAUUGUGGACCCGUUGCCUCUCCAUUUGACGUCUCGCGUCGCUCCAGAGCUGUACGACAGGAUCCUUGAUAACCUUCACGAUUCACCAUCUGCGCUUUCUGCUUGCAGUACCGUAUGGCGUUCCUGGCUCCCGACAUGCCGGUAUCACCUAUUCUCUGAGGUCGUUCUUAGUCAAAAAUUCGCUACCUUUCUUCGCUCGCGCGCAAACCAAGAGGUCAUUCCCUUUAUCCGCAAAGUCAUCAUCAAUGGCGGAUGGGGGGAUCCGAAUGGGAAAAGUGAAGAAGACCUGUUUUUACUUCUCGGCGACCUGGAAAACCUUGCUUGUCUUCGCAUGAACAGGGUGGUUACUUGGGAGACGCAUGACCUUUGGAGAUCGGUUACAUUGACAGCUGCAGGAACUCCUCUUUCCCAUAGACUUUCAUCAUUGAUUCUUCGUUCCGUUCACUUUCCUUCCUUUUCCGCCCUCGCUCUCUUCAUCAGCACUUUCUACAAUCUCCGAGAGCUUUCCGUAGAAGGCGUGACAUGGGGCAGUAAUGUCGCUCAUAUAGAGGAAGGCCAGCUGCCUCCUCUUGAAACCUCCGUGUUGAAGAAACUACGGAUCGCGUCAUGUUCUUUCCGGCCCAUAAUUCUAUGGAUUUGGCCUGAGCUAGCUUCGGGAAGAGUCAUCGAGGAAGACCAUUUAACCCCUCCGCGUCUUACCCACCUUGCUCUUCCCGAGAUUUUCCCGAAUGAAGGCCAUCUUCUUGGGUCACUUUUGCGCACCCUUGGAGCGUCUUUGGAAAAUCUUGAAAUUGGUUUCCUUUCACACGGUUCCGAUAAUAGUGACGAUAGAGACAUGUUUUCUUUGGUUGAUCUUUCGUACAACACUCAACUGAAAACAAUUGCCUGUCAUCAAGUUGUUCUCUUCCACUUUCCUUUUCGUGAUUUCUCCACGACGGCAUUUCAGUCAUCUAAUGACCCGACUUCUCGCUAUAGAUGGGUUACAGAUAUCCUGGGGACCAUCCAAUCCCGCAAGAUUUUACAAGUUACAUUCCAUGUCUGGUUGAGCGCAGAAUCGCAGCUUGAUUUAAUCAACUGGAGCGCUCUGAUCCGCAUUCUUUUGAGCCCGCCGCUGGCGGAGCUCCGACACCUUCGUUUUUCGGUUUCUGGCAUCGGCAGAGAUAUAGACUUGGUGGAGGUAUGGUUUAGGCGUCGGUUUGGACAAAUGUUGUCGUCCAAAGCUAAACUUCAGGUUGAAUUUUCCGAAUGA